CAUCACCAAAAUGAUUUGAUUAUUUUCUCCUCUCCUCCUCCAUACAGUAAGUUAUUCUUCUCUUUGUGUCUUUUAUACAGAAAGAAAUAAAAACUCAGUAUAACAGCGGACAAGUUUCCUGUGAAUUGAUUGCACUGAAGACUGAAGCCAACACAGAUUAUUUGCACAAUGAAGGAGAAAAAAGGAAGGCUGCACUGCUGGAGAAGCAGAUGGAGGAGACCACUAGGCUCCAGCAACAACUACAGGAAGAGGAAGAUUGUCUGAAGGAAGUUCACCAUGCUGAGACUCACAGACUUAGCCAGGAUAUUCAACUCCAGGUAGAGAAAGAGGACUUACAGCACAAACAAUUCUCUGAAAAAUAUGAUAUGUUGAAGAGAGAACAGGAGGACACACUGCAAAAACUCCAGAAAACACAUGAUCAAGAGAAGCUGUUCCUAACUGAAUCCUACCAAAAAACUCAGGCAUCUUUGCAGGAGACUAUUGACAAGCUGACUUCCCAGCUGAAGGCCUUUCAGGAGAAAAUGAAACGGGUAGAAGAGUCAAUUCUGAGCAGAGAUUAUAAAAAGCACAUUCAGGACUAUGGGACCCCCAGCCAGUUCUGGGAGCAAGAACUAGAGAGUCUACAUUUUGUCAUUGAGAUGAAGAAUGAACGCAUCCACAGCUUGGACAAGAAGCUGCUGAACCUGGAAAUAGUGAUGGAGUCAAACUUACUACUUGAAGAGAAAAUUAAAAUUCUACAACAGGAAAAUGAAGAUCUCCAAGUACGGAUGCAGAACCACAUGACAGUGACAAGGCAGCUGUCUGAGGAGCUUCUGACCAUUCGUGAUGCCCUGGAGAAGGAGACCCAGCUGAGGGAGCAAGGUCACCGAGAGAAAGAGGAGCUCUUGUACAGGGUGCUUCAUGGCGAUUCAGGCCACUCCUUUGCUAUCUCUACUGAGACCUCACUCAUUGCCACAUAGCACUUUGAGAGGCCAAAGACACUGACGUGGUAUAAAACCAGAAAAGGAGGGAAGGAGACCACAAUGUGACUGUUUCAUCAUUGCAUUCUACUCCAGAGGUGUUCAGAUAUUUUUUUUUAAUCCCAUGGACUAAGGUGGCCUUCAAGGGACAUGCUGUAAGUCACACUCCUCCCCAACAAAUGAGGGCCAACUUAAGAAAUGGGAGUAGAGAUAACGUUCACAUUAAAUGAAUUAAAUAAUAAUGCCCUGAUUAUUUAAGCAUUUUCCAUUUCUGCCACAUUAAUAAUUGCAAUGUAUUGGUGUAGAGGGGAUCAUGCCGAAGGCUGGCAAGGGAGGGCUUGGGUCCAGGUUGUACACCACUAUGCUGGCCCUGGUGUUAUUCUAUGGCCUAAGGACAAUUCUUGUUGGGAUUUUAUCUUAUGUCCUUAUUCUUUGAAAUCUUGAAGAAUGGGAUUUUUGCAUCUUCCUUUCAAUUUCAGUGCUAGUCAAGGAGUUCAUAUUUUGUGGUAUUUUGUGGUAUUCAGCAGUCAGAUCAGGUUUUGUCCUUCUCCCAAGAAGUAGCAGAAUUAACUACCUCAUAUAAUAGACCAUGUGAGGGGGUAAAAAAAAUAAAGAAGGAGUAGGAGCUACAAAUAAAGUCACACAUCUGUGAGAUACUACAAAGUCACACAUCUGUGCGAUACUAGAUUCUAAAUGCAAGGUUUACAGGUGAUUUCAGCCAAUGGAACUAGAGCUAUACCAAAAUUCUAAAGUCAUUGCUUUAGAGCCAAUGCUUUGUAAAUUUGAACAGAUUUAUAACUAAGUUUCUUUCUCCAUUGCAUCUUUUUCCUGUUGUGUGUCUCCAUGAUAUUUCUUUUAUCUUGUGCCUAGCUCAUGUGUGACUCAAAAGCUUAAGUCAUCCUUAGCUGUGCUUGGAUUAAAGUAGUACAAUAUUUUCACCUUAUUCCAGUCUGGUCAAGGAUGACCUUUCUCAUCUAGUAAAAUCAGGGGACUAUAUGAGUAGUGCCUUAAAACUAGGACAAUUGUAGGAUUGUCACCAUAGACUUAGGAUAUAAAUUACCAGUGGGGGAUGGUUGGAUAGCACUUAACACAAUAAUGGAAAAAGACCUUAAGGAAGAGGUUCUUAACCUGGGGUGACUGCAUUCUCAGGAAAUGUGAGAUGCAAUUUCAGGAGGUAUGACAAAGAGUGACUUGUGUUCCUUAGUGACAGGUCCAAGUCAUAAUUACUUUUUUAGCGGGUGCAAAUAUUAAUCAAACAUUUUCUGGGGGCAUGGGGCAUCAUAAACAAGUUUGGCAACCACUGCUUUAAGGGAAGAUGUUGUAGUUUUUCCUGCCACAUGGGCUGCUUAUCCUUGAUCACUUUUCAUCUCCCUAAGAAAAGGUUUUAAAAAUUUCUCAGUUAUGUGAGCUUGAUUGUUCUGGAUCUCCCCAUUUUCUCAGUUGUUAGAAUUAUGACCAGUCCCUGCCAACAUCCUCUUAUCUAAUCUUCUAGAAUCUGGAUAAAAUACCUGGUUCUCACAGAUUUGGAGGACAACAGAAAAAAAAGCAUAAUUUUAGUUCAUUUGCUUCCAGAAUCAAACUCUUUUGUCUUGUUUGACAGGGUCUCUCUUUGCUGGUUCAAAAUUUUGAGGAUGGUAUAUUAGAAUGGUCCUCAAAAAUUGAACAGAGAUUGAAAUUCUUAUUGUAUGAUUGUUUUGUAAAGCUGAUAAAUGACAAUGCCCUCUACUGAUUGUAGGGUGGUGCUACAAGUUAUAUAAAAAGUAAUUGUCAAAUUGGAAGUACUAUUAUAGACAUGUAAUAAUUUAAAUUCAAAGACAUUGGAUGUUAAAAUGUAUUGUUCUAAUGAAGAGAUUAUAUUGGUGUUUAUUGUG